AUGAGUGACGAUUUGAUAGAAGAGACCGUUAAGGACAAAAGCACUCUUAACGACUUAGCAGAAUUCACUAUUUCUGAAACAAUUGGCUCCGGAGGUUGUGGUACAGUAGUAAAAGCUUAUUGGAAAAGAAAAGGGUUAACAGUUGCUUUAAAGAGCUUAUACAUCGGAAAUAAUAGCGUUAGAGAAUUUAUUAAAGAACAUGCAGAUGGAGGAAACUUACGAGAUUAUUUAGCUAAAAACUUUAAAAAUCUCGAAUGGAAAGAUAAAAUACGGAUUGCAAGAGAAAUUGCGCAAGGACUUACCUUUUUACAUGAUUUAAAGGUCGUUCAUAGGGAUCUUCACCCUAAGAAUAUCUUGGUACACCAAGGUACAAUGAUGAUAGCAGACUUUGGUAUAUCAAAAAAAGAUGACAUUUCAACAUGGUCCACUCGUGCAGCUCAAGGGAUACCUGCGUUCAUAGAACCGAAAUAUUUGGCAGACGGUACUUAUAAACGUAACGAGAAGUCUGAUAUCUACAGUUAUGGAGUUGUCUUAUGGGAAAUAUCAAGUGGUCGUCCUCCCUUUGAAAAUCUGAUGCCAUUUGAAAUGAUAAUUCGAAUACAUCAAGGUCUGAGAGAAACCCCAGUAGAAGAUACGCUGAAAGAUUAUGAAGAUUUAUAUAAAUAUUGUUGGGAUCAAGAACCUUCUGAAAGGCCUGAUAUUAUGAAAGUAUUUGACAAAUUGGAGGAAAUAAUGGAGAAAUUAAAUGUUGAAACAGAAACAGACGAUGUAGACAAAUUACAUGAAAUAGACCCGGAUCAUAAUAAUUUUGAUGCAGAAGAUCUGACAGACGAAGUGAGCUCUAAUACAUCAAGUUCUGGUACUGGUAUUACUCCAAUCCCCCCUCAAUCAGGUACUGGUAUUACUUCAAUCCCCCCUCAAUCAGGUACUGGCACAGAAAUCCUUUUGGUAGAAUUUUUAUAA